CGCCGCGCCUCGCCCAUGGCUGAGGGCCGGCGGCGGGAGGACGACGAGGAGGAGCUGCGCGAGCGCCGCGAGCUUGGGGGCCCGCGCCGCGCCCGGGGCCGUGCGUUCUCCGGCCACUCGGCCGCAGAUCGCAACGAACGAAAUAAACCAGAGCAUCGUUCCUCAAGCCAAGGACCCUUAUCAUCUAUUAGAGCGGUAAUCAAGAGAUCUUCUCGGACUUCUAUUCAGAGUGAACUUCAUCGAGACAGGAGGCGCCCAGAGAUCACCAUUGUGGCAGCUGAGCCACUGAGGCCAACUUCAUGGUUUCCAGGAGCCCCGCCCUCUGGUCUGGGAUUUCCCCCGUCUUCUGCAGCAGGCCCUUGGAGGCCAAGUGAGCUGGUUCCUGCUGAGCUUCCACCAUCUUAUGAACAAGUCAUCAAAGAAAUCAACCAAGUUCAAGUAAAUACUACAAAUAAUAAUAAUGCUGCUGCCCCUCCAAGGCACACUAUUACUUCCGCAACUCAGACUGACUUCUCAGAAGAAAUAGACAACAACCUGCCUCAAACACUACAGGCACCUCUCAAGCCUCGUCAGCCUUCCCCAGAAGUCUUAUCCAGUAACCCUCCCACAAAUGUGGCACCUUUAAUAGUCUUUGAUAUUUCUGAAGAGCAAACCUGUCCAGAAAAUCCCAGUGUUCCAAGAUGCCCAGUGCCAAGACCAAGAUCAAAAAGCAAUCUCAGACCAGUAACUAGAGAUACUCACAUUAAAGAACUAAGUCACCAGAAAAUCAGCCCAGCCACCACUGAAGAGUUGUCCCCAGGCCGGCCCCAGUCUCUGUUGGACAGUACCAACAACUUAGAUAGUCAGGCAGUGAUGAACAUUAUGAACACAGAACAAAGCCAAAAUAGUAUCAUUUCAAGGAUCAAAGCAUUUGAGGAUCAGAACAAUUUAGACACCUUGGGACUUCCUAAGAAACCAGAGGUUAUUCCCCGCACACUGCCCCCAAAGCCUGCUGUUGCUCCAGGGAAGCCCUCUGUGGCUCCCAAACCAGCUGCUAACAGAGCUUCUGGAGAGUGGGACUCGUGGGCUGAAAACAGACUCAGGGUGACCUCUCGGGAAGGGCUCACCUCAUACCCUCCACCACAAGAAGCAGGAAGCAUCCCAGUAACCAAACCUGAAUUGCCAAAGAAACCAAAUCCUGGCCUUAUAAGAAGUGUUAAUCAUGAGACUCCAGGAGGAGGGCCCAUUGCUGAGAGCCCUGCUGGCGGGAAGAAAGUCCCAACUCCUGCUCCACGACCUUUGCUGCCGAAGAAAUCAGUUUCUUCAGAAAACCCCACCUACCCUUCAACUCCACUGAGACCAGUCACUGUUCCUCCCCGACUCUCAGUGGCAUCACAAGCCAAAGCAUUCAGGUCACUGGGAGAAGGGCCCUCAGCCAGCCCCACGGCUCCAGGUCCACAAAGCAAGCCCUUAGGGGACAUUGACCUCAUCAGCUUUGAUGAUGAUGUUUUACCCACCCCACCUGGGAACCUGACCGAAGAAUUUGUCUGCUCAGAGAUGGUUCUAGAUCCCUUUCAACUCCCCACAAAAACAGAACCAACAAAAGAAAGAGCAAUUCAACCAGCAACCGCCAGGAAACCCACUGUAAUUCGAAUUCCAGCCAAACCGGGAAAAUGUUUACAUGAGGACCCACAAAGCCCACCUCCUCUCCCCGCUGAAAAACCUAUUGGAAACACUUACAGUACAGUUUGUGGAAAACCUAGUAAUGUUGACAAAACUAGAAAUUUGGAAUCCGACCACACUGGUCAGACUGGAGGUUCUGUGCGAGGACCCCCAAGAUUGCCACCAAGACCUGUAGAUGGAAAAGCCAUUCCCACUCGACAGCCUCCUGCCAAGAGUGCCCCUGAGAGACCACCUCCCCCCAAGCUUCCUUCAACCAGAACAUCAAAUAAAAAGCUGCCUUUUAAUCGCUCUUCUUCUGACAUGGAUCUUCAGAGAAAACAAAGUAACUUGGCAUUUGGACUCUCAAAAGCCAAGAGUCAAGUCUUUAAAAAUCAAGAUCCGGUGCUACCCCCUCGCCCCAAACCAGGACACCCUCUCUACAGGAAAUACAUGCUGUCUGUGCCUCAUGGAAUUGCCAAUGAAGACAUUAUCUCACACAACCCUGGAGAACUCUCUUGUAAGCGUGGGGACGUACUUGUGAUGCUGAAACAGGCAGAAGAUAAUUACUUGGAAUGCCAAAAGGGAGAAGAUACCGGCAGAGUUCACCUGUCUCGGAUGAAGAUUAUCACCCCACUUGAUGAGCAUCUAAGAAGCAGACCGCAUGACCCAAGCCAUGCUCAGAAGCCUCUUGACAGUAGUGCUCCUCAGGCCGUGGUUCUUCAUGAUUUCCCAGCAGAGCAAGUUGAUGAUUUGAGCCUCACUGCUGGAGAAAUUGUUUAUCUUUUGGAGAAGAUAGAUACAGAUUGGUACAGAGGGAAAUGUGGAAACCAGACGGGUGUGUUUCCUGCCAACUAUGUCAAAGUAAUUAUUGAUAUUCCAGACGGAGGGAAUGGGAAAGGAUACUCAGCUCCCUCUCACUGUAUUAAAGGCUCGAGAUGUGUUGCUCGGUUUGAAUAUAUUGGAGACCAGAGGGAUGAGCUAAGUUUCUCAGAGGGAGAAAUCAUCAUUCUUCAAGAGUACGUGAAUGAGGAGUGGGCCAGAGGAGAACUUGGAGACAGAACUGGGAUUUUCCCCCUUAACUUUGUAGAACUUCUUGAGGAUUCUCCCACCUCUAGUGCAGAUGUUUUAAGCACAAAGGUACCACAGAAGACCAAAAAAGAAGAUUCUGGCUCAAAUUCUCAGGGCGACAGUCUCUCUGGAGAGUGGUGUGAAGCCCUUCACAGCUUUACCGCAGAGACCAGUGACGACUUAUCUUUCAAAAGGGGAGACCGGAUCCUGCUCCUCCAGCGUCUGGACUCCGACUGGUACCGGGGCAGACUGCAUGACAGAGAGGGCAUCUUCCCAGCAGUUUUUGUGCGGCCUUGCCCAGCUGAGGCAAAAAGUAUGUCUGCGAAAGCACUGAAGGGGAGGAAGGCCAAAGCCUUGUAUGAUUUCCAUGGAGAGAAUGAAGAUGAGCUCACCUUCAAGGCUGGGGAUAUAAUAACAGAGCUGGAAUCUGUAGAUGAUGACUGGAUGAGCGGAGAACUAAUGGGAAAAUCUGGAAUAUUUCCCAAAAACUAUGUUCAGUUUCUACAAGUCAGCAAAAGGUGAAGCUAGACUGUGUUCCUUGGCACAAGAACUCACUUGAACUGUCUCUUUGACGAUCAGAUAUGUUUUUGCACUAUUUUUUUAAACUGAAACAAAAAUAUCCACAAUGUCCAUGGUACACUAGAAUUUUUUGAAAGCAGAAAACUUCUAGGUUUUGUAGUUAGCUUUCAUUCACAGUAGAAAUAUGUGUGGAAACCCAUGAGCUAGGAUUCCAGUGGGGAAAACAUCUAACAGGCUUUUAGCAAGGCGGUUACCCAUAUCCCCCAGGGAAAGUGUCUGGUGCCAUGGCAGCAUGGGGAGGCUUACAAGCAAAAGUUGCACUUGGACAUCUGUUUUAAUCAGCGCAAUGAAUUAACCAUGCUUCUUCAUUUUUUACUUUAGUUUAAAAAGAGUAUAUUUGACAUUCUACAUGCUGAACUAUCAGGCCUUGGUUGGUAAUCUAAAUUCCAUUUUUGAUAUUCAAAUUAAUUCUAACAGCUUGAGCACAUUAGCCUCAUUACCAGGGCAGACCUGUGCUUCAGCAGGAACAGUCCAUUAACGAGUUGGAGCAUCUGUAAGGACGUGGUGAAGCCAGCUGAUCCUCACCGAACGCUCCUUGCAUUUCCCAUUUGUGCAAGGAACUGCAGAACAUCAGCUUUGGAUGUGUCUUGGACUAAAGACCCACAGCCGUCCCUGAAAUGCCGUGCUAACACAACUAACCCCUCCACGCGUGUGCCAUACUUAGUUCUUUCCUCAACAUACACUUUAUGUUAACAGGGUUAUUAUACAGCACAUCUUCUGAAUCUGCAAUCAUUCCUUUGACUAUUACUGGUACCCAAAGGAAAAUUCAUUUUCUUUGCAUUACCCCAGUAAUACAUAAAAGCUGUGUCUUGUUGUAGCAGUACAUUAUGAAUCACAUAUAGUGUCUUAGAAUGCAGAAGAACUGUUAGGAUGGAAAACAGUGCCAAGCUCCACAGCUCAUUUCUUUGCAAUAUAAUCAGAAUGAGAGGCAAUUUAAGAGGACUGAAGGCUAGCACUUUUUUUCCUGUGCAUCCCUGCAUAAUGAUUAGAAUAAAUGAAGAAACACUUUCCUGCUAUCCGUUGUUACACCCUCCAAGCUUAAGGUAAUGGUGGUUCUUUACAUGACUGAAUGAAUGGCUUGUUAUGGGCGAGAGCCAAAUGGGUUGAAGACAAUCUUCCAAACAGAUCCGUGAAGUAGAAUUUCAUUGGAAAUGGAAAACACUUUCCCAACAAUGUCCUUGACUUUCUUCUAUUUUUAAGAAGAGUUUCAUAUGCUGGACCACUUUUUAGCUUCUGUCGUUUUUUCUCAUUGUCCAGAAUGUUAGGCAACCAGUGGUCACACCGUUACAUGAACAUAGAGUUAUGUAAGAAA